AACAACAGUUGGAUAUGAAAAAAAAAACCCUAAAAUGCCUCCACUGUAGUAUAAACUGAUAUUCAAUCAGCUUUGUAGUCUUAAGGAGAGCAGGGUCUCCCACACAACGUGUCUGGAGGCCAUUGCAAGGAAGAAAACUGCUGCUGACCAAGUUCCAACAGUGAUAAGACCAUGGAUUCCUGCACUGAGAAGCAUGAACCAAUGUAUCCCAAGGAUUUGAGCUUCACCCACAUUGAUGGUGAGUCCAAUUUCAGUGAUCCCACAUGCCCUGAUCCUACAGAAACUCUCUCUUAUAUAGAACUGAGCCAGCUGGAUUCCUCCACUGAGAAGCAUGAUUCAAUGAAUUCCAAGAAUUUGAGCUUCACACAGUUUGAUGGUAAGCCUACUUUCAGUGAUCCCACAUGCCCUGAUCCUACAGAAACUGCCUCUUAUAUAGAACAGAGCCAGCUGGAUUCCUCCACUGAGAAGCAUGCAUCAAUGAAUUUCAAGUAUUUAAGCUUCACCCAGAUUGAUGGUAAGCCUACUUUCAGUGAUCUCACAUGCCCUGAUCCUACAGAUACUGCUUCUUGUAUAGAAGAGAGCCAGCUGGAUUCUUCUGCCUCUUAUAUAGAACAGAGCCAGCUGGAUUCCUCCUCUGAGAAGCAUGCAUCAAUGAAUUCCAAGGAUUUAAGCUUCACCCAGAUUGAUGGUAAGCCUACUUUCAGUGAUCCCACAUGCCCUGAUCCUACAGAAACUGCCUCUUUUAUACAACAGAGCCAGCUGAAUCAUUCAGAAUGCCACCAGCUGUGUUUGCCCAGAAUGGGUAAAAUAGUUACUUCUGUUACCCUCUUUUUUGUCAGCAACACAUGCAAAGUGGACGAUGUUACAUUCCCCACGCCCAAGAGCAGUGAUGAGACGUCGGGGGAUCGAACCCCACUACCACCCAUUUUUUGCCAAAAGGAGAUUUCCCCCAUGCCCAAGAACAGAGAUGAAACGUCGGCGGAUCGAAUCCCACUGCCACCCAUUGUUUGGCAAAAGGAGGCUUCCCUGCGCUUGGUGGGAGUUUUUGGGUCUGUUUGUGCUGCUCUAUUCGCUGCUUAUUGGGGAUGGAGUUGUUUAUACGACUGUAAACAAAGAUGACAAUUAGUGUUUAGGAUUUGAUUCCCUGCAACUUGUUUAAUGUUUCUGGCGCAUUCUUGAGUGAUCAGACUGUUCUGUUUCAAGGGUUUGGUGGAGAUAGAUCACCGGAUUCAGUCUCAACCAGAACUGAAUUGUUGUGGGUUGUGUGUCAGUAUUGUGUAUUUUGUGAGAAUGUAUGAAGAGAUCUAAAUAUAUACUUUUGAUGUAAAUCCAACAAUCUGAUUUACUGUA